AUGGUGGCGCGUCUUUUAAUAAUCUUUUCUUUGAUCAAUUUGGCUAAAAGUGAGGAAUUCGGUUCAACUACUCGUACAACCACUCGCACAACCACCGACAUUAUACUCAGUGAUAUACGCAAUGCUUUUAAAACCGUUACAAAUAAUACGAACUUAAUUAAUCAAAUUAUACCUGAAAUGUAUCAGCCUGUAAUGGAAAAAUCGAAAUUUACUUUUUCAUUUGAAAUACCGGACUCAAAUGGCAAAAACGGUUACUCCAUGUGGAUGAUGGAUCGUAGUGAAUUGAUUGAUCCAACAUUUCCUAACCUCACUUUAGAGUACAUGAGUGCACAGUUACACAAAAAUCGUGUAACUUCUGAAGAGAGUAUAGCGCUGGAAACCGAAUCGGGACACAAUGCUCAACUGCAGGCAAAUACGUGGAGCGCUUUAGGUUUGGACGGUUGGUCAGGUGCUGUUGCUCCAGUACAAGGUGAUGCGGAUACGAGUGACACUUAUCCCACUAGUGAUAUUCUUAUGGACUUAGAAAAUGCAGAUACGGAAAAUGCUGUAGAUGAUGAAAAUAUGUAUAUUGCACGAGUUAAUGAUCCUUUUGGUACAUCGGUGAAAUGGCAAUUGCGAAAUUCAACUGAUCGGACGAAGCGCGAUGUACUCACUCUAUAUUCAAUGAUUCAAUGUUCGACCGGUUGUCAGCCUAUCAUAUACAAAGGUUAUGGCUGUUAUUGUGGCUUUUCAGGAGCAGGCAUUCCAGCUGAUGGCAUCGAUCGCUGUUGUAAAAUGCACGACAAAUGCUAUGAAUACAGCAAUUGUAUAUCCUAUUUGGAAUACUUUGUACCGUAUAUUUGGAAAUGUUAUCGUCACAAACCAUUAUGUGCUAUAGAUCACGGUGAAUUCGGUGGUCCAGGUUCUUGCGCUGCGCGUCUCUGUCAAUGUGAUUUGAAAUUGUCGCGCUGCUUACGGCGAUUUACUUGCCCGCGUCGUAGAGCAGUAUGCUUUAGUUCGAGAGCUCGUCGUUUGCAGAACUUUUUGCUUACAUUUUAACA